AGACGGUGAAAGCUGAGGCCAUUAUCAAAAGCAUUGUUCAUUCGUCUGUGCUAAAGUUCCACAAAAGUAACUUGUCAAAACUCAGAACUAGUAAAGACAUGCCGAUUCCACAUCUCCAUCAUUUGGUUCAGGCAUUCCCUCUGCUGAUAAUCAUCUUUCUGCUAUUGGCUGUAGCUGCUUUCAUCCUGUACAGAUACAAUCUCCUGCAGAGUGUCCAGCAAAAACUGCAGUGAAAUAAAACAGAUUAAAGAUAGGUGUAAACCAGUAAACAAAGAAGUUCGCUUCAGAGCUUCCUUGCCAUGGACUGUGAUGACGUUGAAGCUUGUCCAGGACUGAACUUUAAGCAUGGGUUUCUGCACAGUAUAAACCACAGACUGAUGCUGUCACAUGACAACAUGAUACAAGAACAGCAGAUUACACAGGAGAAGGUCAACAUGAAAGACAACGUUAACAAGGCCGAGCAAAGGAAGCCUAGAAGGCCAACAGUUGAAUUGUAUAGUAUUCCAGCUCGGAGGAAGGGAGGUGACCCUCAUGGUCAGCUUAUGGCUGUAUUUGGGACAAGAGGCUCCUGUACUGCCUCAGACUGUGUGAGGGACCCAGGCAGAGAGUUGAAGAAGGAUCUGAAGAUAAAUGCUUCAAGCAAUGUUGGCACGUGUGACCCAGCUGUUGUGACAGAGAACAAUUGUUCAUGUACAGUAGGAAGGACAGAUUUCCUGGAGUUCAGCGGACGUGAAGUACAAGAAUCAGGAGUCAGACAGGACAAGCUCUUUGGUAGCCUUGAUACAUGUAAGCCUACCAACUCUGUGUUUGGAUUCAGUGGAGAGCUGAAUUAUACUAGUCCGCUCAGAGUCAGCACCACUAUCCAUCAAAAACCUGAGAGGACAUGUGAUGAUAGUUCAGGAAGUGUUGCUGAGCGCACACUUAGGAAACUGUUAAGGAAGAAGCCAAAAGAGGGUCAUGCACUGUAUAUUAAAACAUUGAAUCCAGGUGUGCAGGUAGAAGGCCCCACACUGCUUUCACAAGGAGUCUCAGAUCUAGUGAUAGAAGCUCUUCAAGAUACCACUCGUGUGUCCAACACUCAACUACAGAGAAUAGCUGAGGUGUUGGUCGCCAACUCCUCCAUAUCUGAACUGUUUUCCUACAGGAUGAGAUACAUUGUCAUGUUUAUACUUCAGAAAGAAAAACAAAUUACAAAACCAGGUGCUGAUGGGAGGUUUGUGAAUGCUCUUUUGGAAGCCUGCCAGAAUGGGAAAGGGAAAAACAAGAAUGUUUCUGUGACGACUGGCUUGCCUUUCCUCAACUUUGUCACAGUGAUGUACUGCUGUAACGUGUUUCACGAGUCAGCGCGUCUAAUGUGUGCAGAACUCAUCUACAACCACAUUUAUGCGUUCAUUAAGGUGUCAUCAGAUGCUCUGCAGACUGAUGUUACUCGUGUAGGCGGAGCAAAUCUUCUACCUUCUGAAAAAGGUGGGACCUUUGCUGGAGAUCGAUGUUCCUUCCCAGAUGUACCAGCUUUAUAUUACGGUCAAAGAAAAGUUCCUCUCCAGUAAAACAAGUGAAAUGGUCAAGGAUGUUUUACUGGACAUCAUAGAGGCUAGGGCAGCUGGCUGGAAAACUGUGUAGAAGAAGAUGGUGGUGGGCAGAUAUUGGUGGUCAUUAUGCUUAUGUAUAGCUAGUCAUGCAGUCUUAUUUCUAUGUAUGGCAUAAAGAUUUCUACAAAAAGGAAAUAUAAACCAUAAACUAAUUUGGUCUUUUGUUAACUUUUGUUAGAAUCAGUAAAUUGUGUCUUUUGUGUCGUAGGAUUAAUAACUAUGUUUUUUUAGCUAUUUAGUUCUGAGAUAUUAGUGUUUAAAGAGGAAAUAUUGAUACUUAGAUAAAGCACCAGUAUGGUUUAUGAUAUACAUUUAUGUUAUAUUUCAUUAAAGAUAUGAUGGAUUAAUUUGGAGAUCUUGCUUUACAGUGAUAUAUUUGUUGUUAAUAUAUGUGAGUGAAUAUACUUUAUUUAGUGUACACAACACCUGCAUUAUUAGAACAGCUACAUGACAAUUUUUGAUAGAUUAAAUAUCGACCAAAUCAUUGAGUUAGUGAAGAAAAUACAUGAGAAAUUUGUGGCCACGAACCUUACAACAGAAAGAAUUGUUUAGUUGCUGUGGAGCAAUACCAGAAUCAUCGUAAAGCGAAGAUGCAUCAGGGUCUUUUUGAUUUGUAACAUACAUGUAUAUUUAAACCAAAAAAGUACUGUGAAUAUAAAGAUUGGUUUGCCUACCCAAAGAACAGAUUGUAUAACAGAGUUUAAAGACAGAUUGCACUGUGUAACAGAAUAAUGAAUGAGUGAUCCCGUAGUGAAGGUCUCAUCCUGUAGUGAAGGUCUCAUCCCAUAGUGAAGGUCUCAUCCCGUACUUGAAGUACAGUACUUGAAAGCAACACUUUGGCUAAUCAGGUUGUUAUGUUGUAUAAAGGCAUAAAUAUAGAUACAAAAUUGAUCAUAUUUUGAGUCAAGUUGUAUAUCGCCUUUAUACAGGUAAUACCUAGUGCAUCUGAACUGACAUCUGCAUUGUGGAACAGUGAUAAUUAACCCAUGAUUUGAAAACAUAAUAGAGCACAUUAUGUGAUGUAGAUCAACAUUAGCAUCAUCUAAAAAGAAGAAAGUGUUUAGUGACCAGAAUAAUAUGGAUCGUAUCAGUGAAAUAUUCUUGAGUAUGGCGUAAAACACCAAUCAAAUAAAUAAAUCAUGCAGGAUUUCAGUUUGCACUGACUAGUACUGUUUUAAGGUAAAUGUCUUUCAUCAUGUUGUUUUGUAGUGCUAGCGACAAUGUUGUACAUACUGAAGGCAAAGUUCUGCUAAUGGCCUUUUAUUCAGUUUGGCCAUGCUGUGUUGUCCAUAUUAAAUGUAAGGUAAUAGGUAUUGUGCCUUGUGGCUAUCUCAUAUUGUCCAGACUGAAUGUAAGGUACUGCUGUUUCCCAUGUCUUGUGACUAUGUCAUGUUGUCCAGACUGAAUGUAAGGUACUGCUGUUUCCUUUGCCUUGUGACUAUGUCAUGUUGUCCAGACUGAAUGUACGGCACUGCUGUUUCCUUUGCCUUGUGACUAUGUCAUGUUGUCCAGACUGAAUGUACGGCACUGCUGUUUCCUUUGCCUUGUGACUGUGUCAUGUUGUCCAGAC